AUGGAGCAGCUCAACUCCACUAUGGUGGAAUUUAACACGCCCUCAUCUUCUCCUGAAUACCAACCUGAUGUGGUCUCUGCAGUGCUGCUGUCCAUCUGCUUCCUGCUGGGAGUUCCUGGAAACAUCGCUGUGCUUCUUCUCAGACCCAACUUUCAGCAUCUGUCCAGCCUGAGCCAGAGUUUGAUGCUGAAUCUGGCUUUUUCAGACCUGCUCUGCCUGCUGACCCUCCCACUGUGGAUUUACAUGUUUCUCUACACCUGGACCUUCGGCCUGGAAGUCUGCAAGGUGGUCAUUUACCUUGAAUACUGUAUCGUUUAUGGCAGCCAGCUGACUGUGACGAUGCUGGCCGUCCAGCGCUACCUGCUGGUUGUGCGAAGGAAGAAGUUCCUACAUCUUGGAGGGAAGAGGCUGCUGGUUCUGCUCUGGCUGGUUGCAGCGCUGCUGUCCAUCCCUGCUUUAGUGUUUCAGGAGCUGAGCACGGAUGAGAACUGGUCAGAAUGUGUGCGUCUCUCCUCCUCUGAUGCCCAGAGGAUGGCUUCACUGCUGACUGAAUCUGUGGUAGGAUUCAUUUCACUUUUUGUCAUGGCGUUUGCUUACAUCCAGGUCUGCAGAAAGGUGAACCAGGCGGAAUUUUUCAACAACCCCCAGACAAACAGACUGGUUACCAGCAUCAUUGUGACCUCUUUUGUCCUGUGGGUGCCAUAUCUCACUGUGAAUGUGCUGGGUGUCAUUGCCAUUUCUGUAGAAAACAAGAGCUUGUGGGAGUUUUUAGAACAAACCUGGGGAAUUGUUGCAGCUGUAACAUUUGUGAACAGCUGCCUGAAUCCACUCCUGUAUGCAUUUGCUUCUUACAAAAUGCAUCAAACAACCACAACAAAUAAUGAAACUGCUGAAGAUGAAGAGCCACAAGAAUGAUAUCACCAAGAUCAAACCAACAGUUUCUGCUCAACUAUCUCUGCUUUGCCUGGUUUUCCUUCUUGAAUAAUGUAUAAAUGUUUCCAAAGAUGUUUGUGAAAUUUAAGCUUGAUGGAUCAAAUACUUUCUGGAGUGAAAUUUCCACAGAUUGUUGCAUCAUUUCAGUGAA